CGGGUCAGAAGGCCGGAGCGCGAAGAUGGCGAAGACGUACGAUUAUCUGUUCAAGCUGCUGCUGAUCGGCGACUCGGGGGUGGGCAAGACCUGCCUCCUGUUCCGCUUCUCCGAAGACGCCUUCAACACCACCUUCAUCUCCACCAUCGGAAUCGAUUUUAAAAUCCGGACGAUAGAGCUCGAUGGGAAGAAAAUUAAACUUCAGAUAUGGGACACAGCAGGCCAGGAAAGAUUCCGAACCAUUACAACAGCGUACUAUCGAGGAGCCAUGGGAAUCAUGCUGGUGUAUGACAUCACGAACGAGAAGUCCUUCGACAAUAUCAAGAACUGGAUAAGAAACAUCGAAGAGCAUGCCUCUUCAGACGUUGAAAGAAUGAUCCUGGGUAACAAGUGUGAUAUGAAUGACAAAAGACAAGUAUCAAAAGAAAGAGGCGAGAAGCUAGCAAUUGACUAUGGGAUCAAAUUCCUGGAGACAAGCGCAAAAUCCAGUACAAAUGUAGAAGAGGCAUUUUUUACACUUGCACGGGACAUAAUGACAAAACUCAACAGAAAAAUGGUUUGUAUUGCUGGUCAUUUUUAUUUUCAUCAUGAUGCUAGUUUUUAUUUGGCUUUUAAUAAAAAGGUUAGGCCUGGUUGUAGCACGUGGCGUGUGACUGAUCGUGAGGACACCUUGACCAGAAACACAGCGCAUGUGAACAUUGUUGUCUGUGUCCAGUUGUGA